GCGAAAGUGGUACCAGUGAUGGUGGUGGAGGCAAUAGUGAGCCAAUGGUAGCAACAGUGAUUGUUUGGUUGGGUGGCAGCGACAGUGCUAAGAUUGUAGUGGUUGCAGGGGUGGUGAAGGUGGAGGUAGUGGUGGGGGAUAAUGGCUUGAUGGUGAUUGCCAUAGUGAUGGUAAAGGUGGGGUAG